AUGUCCCAGCAACACACAUUGCCAGUGACUGUACCAUCUGUGGUUCAGGAAUCCCUCAAGACUGUGUGUCCUCCAGCUCAAUUAAAGUUGGAACAAACCAAGCAGCCAACUUCACAACCUGCACUUUGCCAGAAAGUAUUCUCUGAGACCCAAGAGAAGGGCUCCACACAACAAGAGGAGAAGGGCACAACUGUGGAGGGGCUUCCUAGGCAAGAGUGUGAGCAACAGCAGCAGCAGCAGCAGCAGCAGCAGCAGCAGCAGCAGCGACCACAGGAGCAGCAGCUGUCUGUGAGAAAGCCACAGCAGGAUCUGCAGGAGCAGGAGCUUCACUUGAAGAAGCAGAGGUCACCACAGGAGCCACAGGGGCUGCAUCAGCAAGAGCCACAAGAGCAAGAACUGCACGUGGAGCAGCACCGACAUCAAGAGCCACAGAGACAAGGCUUGUGCAAGGGACAACAGCAGCAGCGGGAGGACACACUGGAACCACAGGUGCUGAGUCUGAGACAGCAUCGAAAGGAGAAGCAGCAGGAUCUAGAACCGCACGCGGGUCAGCAGCAGAAAACUCCUGAGGAGCAGGAACUGAUUCCAGGAGAGAAGCAGCAGAAACUGCAGAAGCAGGAGCUACACCAGGAGCAGAGACACCAGGAGCCACAGAAACCGGAGCUGCAGCUGGCACAGAAGCAGCAGCAGCAGGAGCAGCAGGAGCUGCCGCUGGAACAGCACCAGGAGUCACGGGAGCUGCAUCUCAGACAGAGACAGAAGCAGAAGAAGCACUGUGAACCAGAACCGCACCUGGGAAAGCAGCAGAGUCGGGAGUCACCGGAGCCAGAAGUGCACUUGGGAAAGCAGCAGCAAAGGAAGUCACAGGAGCCUGAACUACACCUGGGAAAGGAGCGGGGUCAGGAGUCACAGGAGCCUGAACUGCCCCUGGGACAGGACCAGAAACAGAAAGAGAAGCUGCAGGAGCCAGAACUGCACCUGGGAAAGAAGCCGCAGCAAGAGACAGAGCAUGAAGGGUACCAAGGAACACAAAGCCUAGGUCAGUCACUUAAGCAAGAGAAAUCCCCAAGGGAGAAGCAUUUUGACGACUCACACCUAGAACAGGAGAAGGAGCUCUUGGACCAGCGACUGGAUCAAGACCCAAUGAAGAAAGAUGAGCGACUGGAGCAGAAGAAUGAACCGCCAGAGCACCUGACACAUCAGGGGAAGCAGAUAGAGUAAGUUGUACCAAGCGCCGGCCAAGUCCAAGAGACUCAGCCAACCCAACCUGUGAAAGGAGAUGGCUUGCUCACUACAGAGAAACAGAGGCAGAUCCAGGAACCAAAACUAAAGCAACCACCCCAGUGUCCCAGAGACUCU